ACGCCGUCAUCGAUCUACGCACACGUGUUGGUGCGGCACCGACGACCACAGCUCAGCUCAUCGCGGGCUCGCAUCAAUAUGACGCAACAAAUCCGUACGAUUGUGUGGUGGAGUUUUGCAGGCUUCCUUCCCAUUCCCACAGCCCACCGACCCGACCGGACGCGACAACGCAAACGGUCGCGCAAACAAAAUAAGCUAGGCUGACAACAAGUGGACAGCGAUAAGAGCAACCGGAGCUGACGUUUCGUCGUUGUCGUCCGACGUACCGCGCACGUUAUCAAUCACACAUUGUGUGUGCGGCUGUUCAAAAUAUGCUCCUCUGCUCUCGCGUGCUAACAGCAGCAGCAGAGGCACAUUUGGGCCUAUUAGGUAUUAGUGUUUAAUUAUCUCGAUGUUAGCAACACACGGGCCCGGACAGACUUCACAGGCGAACGGUGCUUCAGUUGCGGUGAAGAGUUAUCGGCCACGGAAACAGAUCGAUCGGUUGUGAGACGGUGCGUAGUAUAGUGAGGGCAACGUUUUUGCCGGACCGAUUAAUCCGCGCAUCCGGAACCGACGUAACGGGCUAACCGGACGACCGAAAAUGCACAGCAAAGGCGAGACGAGUAGUUUAAAAACGGGCGUGAUCGAUUUCGUUGCCGGAUGUUUAGGAGGCGUCGCGCUGGUGUACGUUAGCCAGCCGAUGGACACGGUGAAGGUGAAGAUGCAAACAUUCCCCGAACUGUACGGUGGGCUCGUCAACUGUACGGUGCAAACGUUCAAGCGGGACGGGCUCGUGCGCGGCCUGUACGCCGGCACACUGCCAGCGGUCGUCGCGAACGUGGCCGAAAACUCAGUAUUAUUUGCUGCGUACGGUGCGUGCCAGCAGGUCGUCGGCAGCGCGGUGAAGAAACCGUCCGUCGCGGAACUGUCCACGCUCGAGAACGCAACGGCCGGCUUUUUGGCCGCCUUCUUCUCCUCCUUCACCCUCUGCCCGACCGAGCUGAUCAAGUGUAAGCUGCAGGCGCUGCGGGAAACGGCCGGCAGCGAUGGGAAGCGCCGGCCGACCAUCUCGUCGUACGCGCUCGUGAGCCAGAUUUUGCGCACCGAGGGUGUAGCGGGCAUGUUCCGGGGGUUAACGUCUACGUUUGCGCGCGAAAUGCCCGGGUACUUCUUUUUCUUCGGCGGGUACGAGCAGACGCGCGAGUUUUUAGCCAAGCCCGGCCAAACGAAGGACGAGAUUGGGGCGUUGCGGACGAUGGUGGCUGGUGCGGUCGGUGGUGUCGCCCUGUGGACGGUCAUCUUUCCGGCGGAUGUGAUCAAGAGCCGGAUACAGGUGUACAGCAUGCGGGCGAGCAUGACACAGGUCGGGCUGGACAUCUUCCGGAAGGAGGGUGUGCUCGCGUUCUACAACGGUUUGCUGCCGACGAUCGUGCGUACCAUACCGGCCACCGCCGUCCUGUUCGUGGUGUACGAGUACACGAAGAAAACGCUAACGAAGCUGCUAGAGUAGUGCUGCGCCACCCCUGCGGUGCUUAUGAAUAUAUCACGUAUUGUCCCCGAUCGGUUGGCUUGUAAACUAUUUAUUUUUUAACCAUCGCCUGCUUGCGUGCCUUGCUGAAGUACGGCGCCAGCUUCGACUCGAGAUAUCGUUGCAUUUCGUCGCGAGAAUAAAACGGCCACUCGUACCAUGGUAUCUGUGGGGGGCGGAGGACAAACAAAAACUUA